AUGCCUACAAAACGAUAGUGAAAGGAAGCUCCCAAUCCCAUAACAACAGCAACACACACAAAACUCACAGUCACAAAUCACAAGUUUCUCUCACUCACUCUCUCACACCCUCCAUUCACAUUCAUAUAACACAUCACACACUCAUAACACAAAACUAUAUCUUAUCUCCUUCAAGUCCCCACAAUGAGUGAGCAGAAAACAGCUUCUAUAGAAAGCAGUGGCACACUCACUAUGAGUGGCCCCCUCGUCGGAGCCACCGAGAAAACCAUCCGGCGCCGGAGAACCGAGGCGAUGCAGCUGAUUCUUCGAGCUGUAUGCAUGGCAACCUGUGUUGUUUCAUUGUCAUUGAUGAUCACAGCCGAACAAAACAGCUCCGUUUCUAUCUAUGGAUUUCGUUUACCUGUUCAUUCCAAAUGGUCUUUUUCUCCAUCUUACGAAUUUAUUGUUGGGGUUUCUGUAGCUGUUGCAGCUCACUCCCUACUGCAACUACUCAUUGGCACAUCAAGGUUUCUUAGGACUUCUUCUGUGAUUCCUUCAAGAAACCACGCAUGGGUUCUUUUUGCUGGUGAUCAGGCUUUUGCUUAUGCAUUGAUGAGUGCUGGAUCUGCUGCAUCUGGAGUAACCAAUCUGAAUCGGACAGGAAUUAGACACACACCUCUUCCAAAUUUGUGCAAACCUUUGCACAAAUUUUGUGACCAUGUUGCCAUCUCAAUAGCUUUCACUUUCAUCAGCUGUUUCUUGCUUGCCACAUCUGCUGUCCAUGAUGUAAUCUGGCUCACUCAACACUGAAUGAAUUUCUUUGCAUAAUGUAACAUAUAAUCUUAAACUACCUUGUAGAAAAUGUUCUGUCUCUCAAAUCAUGUUAUAAAUUAUGUCUAUCCUCUAUUUUAGUAACAUGUAUUGCUGGUGAUGGUUUGUGAUAUAUGUACGUACUAGUUAUUUAUGAUAUAAUGAAGCCAUACUUAUUUAUAUAAAACUAAUUUCUGGUGAUGGCUUGUGA